UUUGUUUUUUAUCUAUGUCACGAUCGCUUUUUUUUUAAUGUCCAAAUCAGAAGUCCAAACGGCAAAAGGCAUGGUUUUUUUAAAGAUUAUCCGGUCCGGUUCCCGGUUAUGGGCAGGUUCCAACGACUGGUCCCGGUUUCAAAAAUUGCCGAAAUUAUAGUAUCGAUCCUGACCCGACCGGUUCCAUCGGGUUCCGGUUGCGGUCGGUUCCCCGGUCCAUAUGCUCAUCCUAAAAUAGGUCAUGCCGUCGAAAAGGGCUUUGUGGCGUUAUACCGCGGGAAAAAAAAACUACCGAUGUAGCACCUCUACGCCAUAAAUGGCCCAUGGGCGUUAUCCCGCAAAUAAAAAUUUCCUUACUCCAUACAAUCGACCAUACUCCAUUCCAUUUUUUUCUCUUUGCUUUCACGUUCACUUUUUUUUACUCAGACAGCUCCAGCUUCCGUAUGGCGACGGCCAACGAUGGAAGGUCUCCUUACGAAAGCGGCGCAGCCGAAGAAAGGUUCCGUGAGAGGCCUUUCCGACCAGAGAUUUAUGAAGAACCCCAAAAUGUUUCUCAUGAGGCAGGGCCAAAUAAAUCAACUGGAGCAUCAGAACUAAGCACUCAUCAAGUUGGGAAUUUUGCUAGCAUUUCUUCUGCCACUGGGAUAUCAGAGCUUGAACAAAUGGUGAAACAAAUGACUUUUACUAGGUAUGAAGCACAGCGCUUGAUGGCUUUGGUGCAUUCCAGAAUCAUGGAGGAGUCGCCAACUCCUCUUUUAAGGCUUGAAGCAUCAACAACAAGUGGCUCGAUGAAAAGACAUAAACAUGGAGAUGAGAGGGAUAACUUCCAUGCUUCUAUUGUCAGUUCAAGGGUUCUUGAAGAUGAGAUUGCUCGAGAUUCAACAUUUACUAAUAAUAAUUGGACACACCUUCCAAUCACAUCAAUGGCUUCAACACAACACCCAGCGACUAUGGAGAAUCUCCCAGGGGAGCUUUUAGAAAACAUAUUCAUCCGAUUAUCGGCCAAACAGCUUGCUCAAAUGAGAUCUGUCUCCAAAUCAUGGAAUGCCCUUUUAUCUCAUUCCUCUUUUGUAAAAUCCCACCUCCAUCGUUCCAUCCAUCACAACGAUCAAAUUCUCUUGGUCUUUCAACAUGAAGACGAAUUUUCUUCUUGUUACUACUUUGAACAAUUCACUGCAAAACUGAGUCGAUGUCUCCGCCUUAAGGUUGCUAAUUUCAUCAAAUUCCCAGUUAACCCCCAAUCCGGACAUACGGAUGGCAUCAGGAUCAUUGGUUCUGUUAACGGCUUAAUAUGCUCUUCCUACAAUAACGAUUCUGUCAUUCACAUUUGGAACCCUUCUCUUUCAGCUGUGUCAACUCUUCCGCCAUAUUCCACGCCCUCCCCUUGUUACAGUUCAAUCAAUGUCUAUUUUAGGUUUGGGUUUGAUCCCAAAACAGAUGAUUACAAAGUUGUCAAGCUCACAGGCCUUAGCGGACCACCCACAUAUGUCGUUAAAUCGUGGCUGCAAGUCGAGAUUUAUAGUAUGAGAAAGGGUUUGUGGGAGAUGAUCACUGAAAGGUUUCCCUCACACAUCACAACCAUUACCAAUGGCAAUUAUGUUUGUGUGGAUGGCUAUGCCGGGCAUCUUCAUUGGCUUGGUUAUAUUAACCGGAAGAUGGGUCCAAAAACAAUAGUGGCAUUUGAUUUGGGUUCAGAGACAUUCCGUGAGAUACCUCCUCCCGAUUCUAUACUAGAUGAAGAUGAUAACCGUCAAGAUAUUUUAGGAGUUUUGGCUGAAAAGCUUUGUGUGAUUACACAUGUUAGGGUUGAUGGUACUUGUGUUGUGUGGGUGAUGGAUAAGUAUGGGGUGGCUGAAUCAUGGGUCAAACGCCAUGUCUUCUCACUGAUUAUUGGUGAUUAUACAUCUGUAUUUGGAUUCACAUCACGCAAUGAAUUUCUCUUUGAGGAUGAUGGAUACGUUGUCUUGUACGAUCCAAAUGCAAAUGCACUGAAAAUAUUUCAGCAUUAUUGGCGUCCAGAUUGUUGGAUAGAAAACAUCGCGGACUAUGUCGACAGUCUUGUUUGGGUAUCACCUGCCAAGUAUGAGAUGGUGGAUGAUGAUGGAGGAAAAAAUUGAAAUGAAGAGACUUCAAGUAUGAUGUAGUGUUUCUUAAUUAGGUUUAUCUAUAGUAUCCAUUUUUAAUGUGCUACAUAUACACUCUUUCUUGUUGUUCAAUCUGAUAUUCUAAUGCAAACAGGUUAACAUUUGCACAUGUUGGUUUACAUGAAACAGAUGUCUAGCCUUAUUUUAUUUAGGGUAAAUUACAUGAAAGUCCCUAACAUCUGGGAUAAUUUGUAUGGUUGAUCCCUAAUUUUUUUUUAACUCGGCCAUCUCUCUCUCUCUCUCUCUCUCUCUCUCUCACACACACACACACAAAAGUGGUACAUAUAAACAGCACCUCCGACAAGCAACACUGUCACAUCUGCUACCAUCUGUCGACAUCGUCUUCUGAUGAAUUAUCGACUCUCCUUAACGCUGCAAUUCCACCUCUAGAUCUGCCCUCUAUGUCACUUCUUGUUCGGAGUACGACGAUGACUUGAGUGGUGGCACCGAUGAUCUCCUUCUUGCCCUCCACUCUAUUGAGUCUCAUUUUGAUCCACUAAUCCCUUCCGCAUCGGGAUGUGCUCAUCAUUGCGGAAGAAGGUGCAUAUGUUGGGUGGUGGUGAUGGUUGAGUUCACUAGCAUUGUAUUAGAUCCGACUUUGAGUGUCCCAAAUCAAGAGGAAGAAUGAGAUAGGUUUGUUUGCUGGGGAGGAAAACGAGCAAGGGAAGGGUAUGCAUAUGUUUCAGCGGCUGUGGGUGAGAGGUGGUCGAGAACGGAAGUAUAACCUCCGACUUGUGAUCGCUGGAAGAAGAAUGGGAUGGGGUUGGUUGCAUGGGAGGAAAAACGAGAAUGGGAAAUGUAGACAGAUAUUUCUGACGG